UUUACUCGUGACUGAUAGUGUGAUAUGAAGGUGCAUUGAUAAGAGGAUUUUUUUUUUUUCUUAACAAAAAUACUCGUAUUUUGACGCGAAUCUAAAUCAAUAUGUCUCGAGAAAAUGAACAAAUUUUAAAACAAUUUUACAAUUGUUCCAUUUUACGUGAUGGACAAAUUUUAAACGAGGAUUUAUGGAUUCGCAAUGGAAAAAUAGUGGACCCAGAAAAAAUUUUUUAUGAUGAAAAAAUUAAACCGAAUAUAAAAAUCGAUUGUAACGGAGCAUUAAUUUCACCUGGAUAUAUUGAUCUUCAAAUUAAUGGUGGUUUUGGCAUAGAUUUUACACAUAAUAUUAAUAAUGCACAACUAGGAAUUAAUAAAGUAGCUAAAAAUUUGCUACAAUUUGGUGUAACAUCAUUUUGUCCAACUUUGGUUACAUCACCCAGUGAAACAUAUCAUAAAAUAUUAUCAAAUAUUAUGAAAAAAAAAGGUGGAAUACAUGGUGCAACUGUAUUAGGUAUUCACUUAGAAGGACCUUUUAUUAGCCCAACUAAAAAAGGAGCUCAUCCAGAGAUCCAUAUAAAACAAUUUGAAAAAGCAAGUCUCCUAAAUAUUUUGAUCCAAAUAUUUAAUGGUUUCGAGUCAUUAACCGAUAUAUAUGGAAGAUUAGAAAAUGUGUGUCUUAUUACAUUGGCACCAGAACUUCCCAAUGCUCAGUCUGUAAUCGUAGAAUUGUGUAAAAGAAACAUUAAAGUUUCUCUUGGACACUCCAUAGCAAAUUUAGGAGAAGGGGAAGAAGCUAUAAAAAGUGGAGCAUCUUUCAUUACUCAUCUUUUUAAUGCAAUGUUACCAUUUCAUCAUAGAGAUCCAGGAUUGGUUGGACUUCUAACAUCUGACCAAACUUCUUAUGGCAAAAUUAUUCAUUAUGGAAUAAUUGCUGAUGGAAUUCAUACUCAUCCAGCAGCAUUACGUAUAGCUCACAGAACCCAUCCUGAAGGACUCGUUUUAGUUACUGAUGCACUGUCAGCAUUAGGAUUAGAAGAAGGUGUGCAUCAGUUAGGGCAGCUUAAAAUUGAAAUGCAUUCAGGAUCUGCAUAUAUUGCUGGAACAGAUACAUUGUGUGGCAGUACAGCAGAAAUGUCUAAGUGUGUUCGUAACUUUAAAGAAGUAACAGGUUGUUCGAUAGUAGAAGCUUUAGAAGCUGCAACUCUCCAUCCAGCAAGAACGCUCGGUAUUGAAAAAACUAAAGGAGUAUUAAACUAUGGUGCAGAUGCUGAUAUGGUAAUGUUAGAUAAAAAUUUAGAAUUAUUGUCGACGUGGAUAUCAGGAGAAUGUGUUUAUAGUAAAUACAAUUGUGCCUCAUACUGCCAGUAGAGAUACAUGAUUAUGAUUCAUGAUUUCACCAAAGUAUUGCUUUUUUGUUGAUUAUUGUCAG